AUGUUAAUAAUUGCUUUAAUUGGAAUUGCACUAUCUCAAAAUAUCACAUGGUCGAAUUAUUCUUUUUCAAGUCCAGAAUUCAUUAAUCUAAUAGCCCAAUAAACAAAUUUUGCUAGAAGCUUCGAGGAGUUUGGAUAAAUAUUGUAUUAAAUCAUAUAGGAUUUGUAGGAAUUUUUCAAUUUCAUACGAUUCAUUGUAAUUUGAAGACAUUUGCAGUUUUGAAUAUCAAUACCUAAUAUUGAAUAAAAUUGAGAACUCAUUUAACUCUUUUAUUAAUGAAUUCCAAUAAAUUGAGAUUGAUGAUUUAGAAACUAGUGAGAUAGAAUAGGGAUUCUCUGAUUAAAUAAUCUCAUAUACAAAAAGUGAUUUGAAUUUAUUGUUAUUAGAAAGGAAUUAAGUAAUUCAUUAUUUGAGUUUUGAUUAAAAUUCCAAGCUAUUCAAUUAUUCAAAAUUUAAUUUAUCAAUUUAUAGUAAUACUAAAUAACAUUAAUAAUUGUUAAACGAUUAAGAUGCUUAUUACUAUAUCAAUAACGAAUAAUUUAGUAAGUUCAUUAUUUAAAAUAACACUUUAUAUUAAUUUGAAAUUUUAAAUUGGGUCUAACAAAACGAUCAAUUUAAAGUUCUUGUUCGAAAUAAUUAUAUUUAUUUUAUUAAUGGAUAAUAAUACUUGACUAUAUAUUAAAUAGUCUAACACAAUCUAAUAUUAACCAAAUAGUUAUUCGCAAAAGUAUGAUUUUUAUUUAAAAAACAAGGAUAUUUAUGCAGUAGAAAAGAAGAUGAAUUUGAUUGAUAUUAACAUCUACGAAGAUUAUCUGUAUAUCCUUGAUCAUGAAAAUGGAGUCAAGAGAUUGCGUUUAAAUGAUAUUGAGAUAGAUAUGGAUUUCUAUAUUAAUUAACCAGGUUGUUCAAUAAUUUCAAUAGAAAAGGAAUCCAUUAUUUUAGUAGAGCACAACCAACAAAGAUCUAUAAUCUUUGAAGGAAUAAUUAAUGGUAAUAGCUGGAUUCUAUUGCAAACAAAAUAAACUGUCAAAAAAGUAAUCAAAAGUGUUAAAUAAUUGAAAGAUUAUGCAAUACUCAUAAGUAAUCCAAUUAAUAAUAUUCAUCGAAAAUAUAUGAUAGAUUCUUAAGCAAAUAAAAAGAUGUUGGAAGGGUAUAAAAUAUUUUUAUUAUAGCAAUGAUUUUUAUUAAAUGGAUUUUUUGGGAAUUGAAAGCAUAGACACAAAUUAUUUAGUAGGAAUCUUUAAAUACGGAGUGGCUUUAUAUUAUACCAUAGAGUUACCAAGCUCCAUAGUUUGUUACGCCCAAACUUCAUAGAUGAGUAGAGUUCAAGUAUCAGAUUAUUUUAAUCUUAAGAUAUAAAUAAUUAGUACUUAAUGCCCAAAUAAGAACUAGCAGAACUUAUUGAAUUAUUGUUCAUCAAAUCUGGAAUAUAUAUUUGAUGUUAGGGGAGCUUUAAUGAAUGAAUUUUAAGAAAAAAUAUUUAUUUAUUUAUGCAUAGGAGCAAGUGUUAUUGUCACACUUUUGGUGGUUUCAAUUAUAUAUAUUGUAAGAAGAUAUCAAUUGAGAAAAGAAUAAAUCAACUAACUGAAAAGAAAAGGAAGAAGAUAUAAAUGA